GACUGAGUGAAUGGGACAUUGCUUAAUAUGAACUGUUUUGCUUCCUGAUGUUUUCCUGAUCAGUUUAAAGAGAGGAGAUGUGCACACUUGGACAUGUUAAAUAAUGCUGCUCUGAAUAUUGACAUUUUCUUAAUUAUUAUUUGUUACAUUAUUACAACUUUUAUUACUUUAAAGUUUACUUCACAUAAUAUCAGUGAAUAUCAGAGUGGAAUAAUCCAUUUUUUAAAAAAAGAAUAAUGAUAACUCUGAAGCUCCACAUGCUCAGUGAAUUUGAUUUCUCCUGAUUAUGUUUUUUUACCUACAGAUGGAGUGUGACUCAGACUUGUGUUCAUCAGAGAGUGAAUGCAGUCAGACAGGAUUGGACACAGAAUACCUUCCACCUCAGAGACCAGCACCAUCCAGUGAUGAGGAAGAUUUGAAAAGUGCAAGCCAAUCCAAGAAACGGUCCAGUGAAGAAGCGGUCAAAGGUUCAGACACAAGUUCAAGCAACAACGAUGAUGAACAAAGAGGCAAGUGUAGCUUGCAGAAGCAAAAGGAUCCAAAAACCAAUCUGAAAAGGAAGAAAAAGAAACAAAAUGGAAACCAAAAAGUUAAAGUGAAUGUAACUGUGACUGUAAAAACCUGUACAAAAAGAGAAGACAAGAAAAGAGUAUGGGACAAAAAGCAUUACUGCUUCUACUGUGGCAAACCAAAUAUAAAGAUGGCAAGGCACUUACAAAGAAAGCAUAUGGACCUGAAGGAUGUAGCAUAUGCCUUCAGCUUUCCUUCAGGAUCAAAAGAAAGAAAGGUUCUACUGGAACAACUGCGAAAUAAGGGUGACUUUAAGCACAAUGUCAAAGUUCUGGAAAAAGGCAAAGGUGAAUUAGUGACAUGGAAGCAGCCUUCUGAAAAGGCUUCUGUUCAGGACUACUUGCCUUGCUCUUUUUGUUUUGGGAUGUUUGCAAAAAAAGAUUUGUGGAGACAUCGGGCCUCUUGCAAAUGUAAAGAAUUAUAUAUGAAAGAAGACACAAAAAACACAAGAGGAAGAGUACAAAGUCAUGCUGCACGUCUGCUGCCAAUAGCAGCUUCUUCAAAUGGAUGUCAGGAUAUCAUCAACAACAUGCGACAAGAUGAUGUGUCUUUUCAUAUCAGGAGUGAUCCUUUGAUCUGCAGAUAUGGAGAGUCACUGUAUGCUAGACACGGCCGUAUGAGGUCCAGGCACCAGUACAUUUCACAAAGAAUGAGGGAACUCGGUCGAUUCACGUUGGCCGCCAAAAAAAUGGACAAGACUGUGAGGGGGCUGGAAGAUCUAUGUGCACCAUCCAAAUUUCAGCUUGUUGUCAGUGUAGCUAAGAGACUCACUGAGUUUAGUCCAGGCAAAAAUGAGUAUGGAAAGCCUUCAACAGCAGUCAGAAUUGGAUUUUGUCUGAAAGGGGCAGUGGAUGUCCUGAUUGGGCAGACUCUCAUCAAUGAUGAUGACCUGGCAGAGAAAAGGGCGAAAAAAUUCUUGGAACUUUUGGAAAAAAACUGGAAGAACAGUGUUUCUGUCAGUGCUCACCAAACCAUCCAAGAGAAGAGAUGGAACAAGCAAGAUGACAUCCCCCUCACCAAAAAUGUGAUGACUCUGAGGGAUUAUCUCAGGAUGGUGGAGGAAAAAGCGAGGGGGGAGCUGAUGCAGCAGCUGAGUCUAGCAGCGUACAAGGCAUUAAAUGAAGCGGUCCUGGCACAGGUUAUUGUCUUUAACAAGCGGCGUGAAGGGGAAGCAUCACGCUUGACUCUUGAAGCCUACAAGAAAGCCAGCGCAAGUCCUAUAAAUGAAGACAUUUAUGAAACACUGUCGCCAUUAGAGAAAGAGCUGAGCAAGUCACUAACACGCAUUGAAGUCCGUGGAAAAAGAGGAAGGAAGGUGCCUGUGUUCUUCACAGAUAGAAUGAAGGAAUCCAUUGACUUGUUGAUUAAAAUAAGAGAUGAAGCUGGAGUACCUGCUGAAAAUCCAUAUCUCUUUGCAAGACCUGGUGUGAACACAAACAUACGUGGAUGUGACUGUCUGCGAAAAUUCGCAGAGGAAAGCAAAGCAGAAAACCCUGAACUCUUGAGGUCAACUAAGCUACGAAAACAGGUUGCAACACUCUGUCAGCUUCUGGAUCUCAGCGAACAAGAGCUGGAACAAGUUGCAAGGUUCAUGGGCCAUGACAUCAGAGUACACCGCGACUUUUACAGACAGACUGACAAAACUUUUCAAAUUGCCAAAAUCAGUAAACUUCUGUUUGCCAUGGAACAAGGCACGGCCACCUUAUCGGGAAGGAACCUCGAUACACUUGAUCCUUCUGCUUGUGGUAAAAAUCCUGUACCGACUUCUGAAAGUGUCCAGCAGAGGAAGAGGAAACAUGGUGAAGAGGUGGAUGAAGAUGGAGGUUCUGACCUCUCAUCCCCCAAAAAGAGACAUGAGCCCUGCAGUGAGAAUGAGAAUUCACAUUUGGAUGAACUCUCAUCCCCUGAGAAGAGACGUGAGCCCUGCAGUGAGGACAGGAAUUCAGAUUUAGAUGAUCGGAGUCCAGAAACGAAGAAGAAGAGGGAAAAGAGAGGGAAACACACCAAGACUGUGGAAGCAACCGUUGUUGCAGUAGAUCAGAGUCCAGGAACAAGACAGAAAGCCUCACAGAAGAAGAAGAAGAUGAAGAAGAGAGGGAAACACACCAAGACUGUGGAAGCAACCGUUGUUGCAGUAGAUCAGAGUCCAGGAACAAGACAGAAAGCCUCACAGAAGAAGAAGAUGAAGAAGAGAGGAAAACAGAAUAAGUCUGUGGAAGAGGGUGUUCUGGAGAAACCUGUUUUAAAGGUGAAGAGACCGUGGAGUGACGCUGAAAGGAGUGCGGUACAUAAACACCUUUCCAAUUUUAUGGCAGAGCGACGAGUUCCAGGGAAAGAGCCCUGUCUGCAUUGUCUUAAAAAGGAGAGUGCCUUGGAUGGAAGAACCUGGAAGGACAUAAAGAACUUUGUGUACAACACAAUAGUAACUUUGAACCGCAGGUCUGUUCGGAAGAAACUGGCACUUUGAGGAUCUUCAGUGAUCAGUACAAUACAUGUUCUAGUUAUCAAUUUAAUAAUUAGCACUUUCAUGCUUGUUGAUGCUGUUUGGAUUGUUCUGCAUUUUUGUAGUUCAUGGCACUAAGGUGCUUGAAUGUGCAAUUAACAUUUAUUUACAGUCAGGCAAUUUCAAAAUGUUCACACAUUUUAUAUAACAAAUGCUUACUGAAGUAUUUCCAAGGCGAUACUGUAGGUUUUAUUUUGUCAAACUUUAAUGGCAUGGGAUGAACAAAAGCACCAGCUGAGUUUGAACUGACAGAAACAAAUAAAUACAUACAGUGCUGGUCACUGGAAUUUGCACAAUUACAUUGUGUCUUUGUGCACGUUUUAUGGUCACAAUAUUAGUAUGUAGCAUUAGAAUUCUGCUUGUCUAUUCUCCUCAAACUGAGCAACUCUUGUCUACAACAUUUAAACUUACACAUUAUUCAAUUAUUUGUCUGUGCUGUGAAAUUUAAAUAGUAGCAAAGUAUAAUUUAUUUAAAGUUUAUUUAAAGUAAUAAGGUAGUUCUAUGCUCUAACCAGAAAUGACCCCAACUGCACCCCCUGCUGGGCGAACCCCAUAGCACACCCUACAAAAAAGUCCUCACUUCAGUGGUAAUCUGUGAUUGACUAUACUGAUUUUUAUUCUUUGUUUUUUGAGGAAUCUGAGGUGAUAACUGGAAUCAGGGAGCCACCUACUGUCGAAAUGUAACAUUAAUUUCCCUCUAAGUAUAGCAGAAAGGGUGGUCCUCACUUCCUAGGUUAAUAUACACGGAUCUCACUUUGGUGCCCAUACAAGAAUGUGUGUGUGUGUGUGUGUGUGUGUGUGUGUGUG